CCGCGCCGCGCCAACCGGCCGCCGCAGGACCGUCGACGCCGGAAGGUUAGAUUCACGCAAAUGAAGGACGUUAGAUGAGGAAGUUUGCGAAACUGCCUGAAUUGCAGACUCGUCAGAAUGGUGGGUAGCAUGCCCAGCGGAUGGAUGAGGAGGAUCCUCCUCUUCCUCGUCCUGAUGACCGGUGUCCUGCUGAUCGCCAUGUACGCCCACGCGCCGCCGCUCGCAUCGCUCCAGCCGUUCGCGUCGCGUCGAAGACUAGAGGACUUGCAGCGCGGCUUGGUUAAUUACCUGGUGGGUAAUGAUACCACGAUCGGACCCGGCGAACGGCUCUACGAGUAUCUGGAAGAGCCUAGGGCAUUUCAAAGUCCGUGGUCCUGGGCGUGUGUGGCGAAUCGAUGCGAGAGGCGAGCAGUAAGGUCCUCGAGGACAUCCUUGGCGACUUGCACCGCGCAUUGCGGAGGGAACACUCGGCUGUUGUGGCCCAGGCCGACCGAGAACAUCGUCCUCGGCGAUGACAGCGUCAUCCUGCAUCUUCAGCAGAUCGAAUUCGUCACCGUGAAUACGAGCGACCAGGAGACGAAAGAUCUGUUGGAGCAUGCAAAGGACGUCUUCAUCGGGAACAUCAGAAGUCUGGUCAAGGUGCUGAACGCCAAAAGUCGAUCCGGUAUAAAUUCGUUCAUCGUGUACCUGAACGCUGGCAAUGCGCGGGGCACCACCUUGACUCUAGACACCGACGAGUCGUACAAACUGGAGCUCGCGCCGAAGGGGAAGAUUCUGGAGGCCCGAAUUGUAGCGAGAAGCUACUUUGGGGUGCGACACGGUCUCGAGACCCUCAGCCAGUUGAUCUGGUGGGACGAGGCCGCCGGCAAGCAGGGCGCUCUUCGCGUCCUCACGCGAGCUUCCAUCGAGGACAAGCCCGCGUUCUCGUAUCGCGGCCUUCUCGUCGACACCGGCAGGCAGUUUUUCCCCGUCGAGGAACUGAAGAGGGUCAUCGACGGCAUGGCAGCUACGAAGCUCAACACGUUGCACUGGCACCUAACCGACUCACAGAGUUUCCCGUUCGACUCGGCACAAUUCCCGGAGAUGGCGAGAUGGGGCGCUUACAGCGGCGAUCACAUUUACACACCUGACGACGUCAAGGAUCUGGCCGAUUACGCGAGGAUACGCGGCGUCAGGAUCGUCGUCGAGAUCGACUCUCCGGCUCAUGCUGGCGCCGGAUGGCAAUGGGGUGCGGAACAUGGCUUUGGCGAACUGGCGUUGUGCGUGGAUCAGCAGCCGUGGUCGUCGUACUGUGGCGAGCCAAAUUGCGGCCAGCUGAAUCCUAUAAAUGAACACUCAUAUCGGAUACUCGAGGGCUUGUACCGGGAGCUGUUAGAUCUCACCGAGGUGCGCGAUUUGGUGCAUCUCGGCGGCGACGAGGUGAAUCUCGAGUGCUGGGCGCAAUAUGGCAACAUCACCCUGGCCAUGCAGGCGCAAAACAUGACGGAUCACCACGCGCUCUGGGCGGAGUUUGAGACAAAGAUGCUGCAGCGGCUGAUUCGGGCGAAUCACGAGAAGGUGCCGAGGGCGGUGAUCCUGUGGAGCUCGCCGUUAACAAAGAGGCCUUACAUCAUGAUGCACUUCGACCCGAAGAUUCACGUAAUCCAGUCCUGGGGCGGUAGCAAUUGGCCGGAAACGCCGGAUCUACUGGAGGACGGCUUCCGGGUGAUUCUGUCGCACGUUGACGCAUGGUACCUGGAUUGCGGCUUCGGUAGGUGGCGGGAGAGCGGCGAGGCCGCGUGCGGUGAAUACCGCACCUGGCAGACCGUUUAUAACCACCGUCCUUGGAAGGAUUACCCGCCGCAGCAGCUGCCUCUGGUGCUCGGCGGCGAGGCGGCGAUCUGGAGCGAACAGACCGGGCAGUCGUCCCUGGGACCUCGACUAUGGCCCAGGUCGUCGGCGCUCGCUGAACGACUAUGGAGCGACCCACCGACGAACAGUUACUCCACGGACGAGAACGUUUACACCAGACUAGCCAUGCACGUCGAGGUCCUGAACAGCAGAGGCAUCAAAACGGAGUCCAUGUGGCCACACUGGUGUUCCCAGAAUCCCGGGAAAUGUCUCUGACCGAUCGUUAGAGAUUCGCUAAUUGUCCACCAGCCGCUCCACGAGUACCGCACUUGCGGCGCUGAUAAGAAACAUAUAAAAACGGGGCUCCAGAAGAAGCGGCGACGUCAGCCGCAAGUCCUGUCGGUGGUCGAAAUCGAUCUCUUCCGACGCGCAACGACAUCGCGUAUACGUGAUGAUCCCUGGGAUCUUUCGAUGCACAUCCUGCCGACAAAAUUGACAAUCGUUCCUGCUCGAUAAAUCACUCGACGGCUUUCCGACGCGCGAAGAACGAACGCCGAGGCGAACUUCGGUGAACAAUAUCGAUAUAGCGAAUAACCAAGAAGCUCUCUCUGCGUAUACAUGAUCUAUGCUGCGAUUUUAUACAGGUCGGCAGCGGAUAAGCCGUGAUUUUGAACCAACGCGUUAACUUGACGUAAAGGAACGCGUGUUCGCCGAUAACGUAAUUGAACCUCCCGUGAGGAGGUUUGAAAUCAAGCUUCGCGCAAGCUUAGUUUUAUAAGCGUCUACUUAACGAAUCGAAUUAUUGUAAUCAAGUGGAAACCGCGAAUGUUUCUAUCAAUGAAAUCGUCUUUGUGAUUAUCAUCCAUAGGGUCGCUUGGAGUCCGAAAUUGUACGUCGAUUAUGAAUGUCGCAGAUCUUUUAAUUCCUCUCGAUGUCUAGAAGAUAUCGCUGUUUUCGAGAGUAAGUUCGAUGUCUAAAAAUAUAUAUGAUGACGUUUAUAAAUUAUUGCAACGAAAUCAAUAUAUUCGUUACGAUGUUAUUCGUUAAGCUGUUGUUUGUGGUCUCGAUUUCUACUGCGUUAAAGUACAAAUAUAUUUCACACGCUCGAGCUUUUCAAGACUUUUUCCAGCACGAUACUUGCUUUUCGACGAAAACAUCACAUUCCCCUCUUUCGUUUGUCGUUUCGACGAUGCUAGAAUUCUGAACGGUACUUUGUUAUACAUUAACCGUUUAAAUCACAUUAUAUUGCAUGACGAUGCACGAUUGAGACAAAUUGGACCAAUUGUGCAUCGUGUCCUAGUAUCGAAAGAUGACGAGGCACUCGUCUCGUCGAUCGAGGCUCAAUUAGAGUCCUAGCGAGAAGGAGCCUUUAAAGCGAAAGAGAGAAGGAAUACGACCGCGGUACCAACGCGCAAGAAAGCUUAUCGCGUUAUCUCUCGGAUCCCACCAAUCGAGGGAUACCGAGACUAUCACGAUCGUAGGCUAGCUUUAUCACUGGAACGCCUCGGCCAGGGGCAAUUUUGUAGCGCGUAACUUAGCUUUUUAACAGAUUGAGAUUACAUUACUGAAAGUAUAAGUAACAAGUAACGAAAAAGGCGCGUGUAUGUGUGUACGCGUGUGCGUGUGCGUAUGUGUGGCGGUACGACAGUUCUGAAUCUGAUGUUAUGAUUGGUCGAUUGUGGCAAAUAGUGCUUGUGUGUUUGCGACUGAUCUAUAUUAAAGAUUAACGUACAUAAUGAAAAAUUGAUAUCAGAGAGCUUUAGAUUCGCCGACUCGUUGGCGCGCGACGCUAACCGAACUUUCUACUUAUCGUCAACGCAAAAACGCUCAGGGCAGAGUAACACGAUCGUCGGAUGCGCGAACGACACGUUCGAGAACCUUUUAGCUACUCCCUUUAUUUCUUAAAUAAACAUUGCCAAGAACUUUAUCUCACAAGAAUUGAGUUCAGUGCUAUUAAAUUAUUCAUCGAACGGAAUUACUUAUGAAUUUGUAAACAGAUCGAUUUGAAAUAGAAACAGUCGUUAUUGUAUUAUAACAAUAUGUUCUUAUAAAACAAUAAGAAAAAAUAUUUUAAUUUUAUAAUUUCGUUUCAAAAAAUAAGAGGAAUUCUACUGCUAUGUUAUUUUUUAUUUGAUAAUGAAAUCGCCGAGGUAUUUCAUUAUCGCGCGUUGUAAUUUCAAAUCGAAUGCCGUUCUCGGAAAAUGACGUCUGUAUCCACCGCGGCGAAAAAUUCGACUGAUAGAAUCUACACAAAGAAACUCGCCCAAUUAUAAGUAAUUCCAAUGUGCACGCGAUUGUAUCUAAACGACGCGAAUGAUCACGAUUGAGAAGCGAUCGCGCGUGGAAAUUCGCCCCCUUUAUCCCAGUACAAUGUGGCCUAUGAAUUAAGAAGACGCGAGUGAUUCUUGGAAAUUUGUACAUACUUCGUAACACGACGUAGGGAGCAACUUAUAAUAUAUAUAUAUAUAUAUAUAUAGAUAGGCGUGUAGAUAGAGACAAAUAGUUAAGGUAAUUACUAGGCGAAUCGACAGGCGGUUAUUUAGGCGUAAUAAGUAGACAAAGGCAAAUAGGCGAACCGCUCACGGGGGACGAUGGGGGCGAGGAAUGUAACGUGAGUGUAGAGAAAUGGACGUUGGGAUGUCUGUACUUAUCGAUACUUACCGAUAUUGAUGGCUGUAAGAGGAGCUAAUUCUCUCGCGCGUUUGUAGAUAUGAGAUUUAAAAUAACGUGAUAACGUUAAGGAUCCUGAAUACCCAUAUUUUAUCUUAAAUUAUGAUAUCACUCGCAAAGAAAUAUCCAAAUAAUAAAAUCAAGGACAGAGAGAGAGAGAGAGAGCUUUUGAUUGAGUUAAAGUGGUUACCUAAUAUUUGAAAGAUUAAACAGCUGCUGUUUAACUUUGCUAUUUUUCAAUCACUUUAUUUGAAUAUUCUUGUGACAUCAUCGUGUAAGAUAGCUGACAUAGGUAUUGAGGAUUUUUAAGAUUGUAGUUUCGCGCACGCGAAUUACUCCUCCGGUUAUUUCUUAUGUCAAAUUCGUCUUAAUCUCGAUUAAUGAAACAGAGCUCGAUAGGUGUGGAGGUAAAUUGUUACGUUACGUGUAAUGAUAACAAUUUGUCGGUUAUCGUUGAAAAAACAAGAAUGUUACGGCGAUUAGGACGGUGAUAUUUACGGUACGUAUACUUACGUUAUGCGACUCUCUUCGGUCCGCAACGAUAAAUGUAUGUAAAUAAAACACAGUUGUGUGUGUGUUUUGACGGUUCUCCGAACUGAUCCGGACAGAAAGAUAUACUCUGUUAUGACGUGUCUCUUACACGGAUUUAACAUAAAGUGAAUUUUGAAUACA